GUGUCGCCUGUGUUGACACACACUUGUUCUCUCACUAGGGCGGAGAUUUGUGCAUUUUACGAGUCAAAAAUCUGCUAAAUAAUCGCUUUAUUUAAUAGAUAGGAAUACAUAGGAAAGGAUUAUUGUUUGGUAUUAAAUGCAAGUAUGGGUUGCUGCCUGACUGUUGGACCAAAUGAAGCGCUCGUUGUGUCAGGUGCCUGUUGUGGGUCAGAUGCAAAGACGUAUGUGGUGGGAGGCUGGGCGUGGGCAUGGUGGCUUAUAUCAGACACACAGAGAAUUACACUAGAGAUUAUGACACUACAGCCUAAGUGUGAAGACGUGGAGACAGCGGAGGGAGUCGCUAUUACAGUUACAGGAGUUGCUCAAGUCAAGGUCAUGACUGACAAAGACUUGCUGGCUGUUGCCUGUGAGCAGUUUCUGGGAAAGUCUGUCAUGGAAAUCAAGGCUGUGGUCCUGCAAACCCUAGAGGGACAUUUGCGUUCUAUCUUAGGCACUUUGACAGUGGAGCAGAUCUACCAGGACAGAGAUGAGUUUGCUCGGCUGGUGAGGGAGGUGGCAGCUCCUGAUGUGGGCCGGAUGGGCAUUGAAAUCCUCAGCUUCACUAUAAAAAAAGUGCUGAUUGCUCAGGCCGAGUCAGAGAAGAUCAGGAAGAUCGGAGAGGCAGAGGCCAUCUCUAUCUCAUCUGUGGGGAAGGCUGAAGCCGAGAGAAUGAGGCUGAAGGCAGAGGCCUACCAGCAGUACGGAGAGGCCGCCAAGACUGCACUCGUCCUAGAAGCGCUGCCCAAGAUUGCUGGAAAGGUAGCGGCUCCUCUGGCCAGGACCAAUGAGAUUGUUAUUCUGAGUGGGGACGGAAGCCGCGUGACCGGGGAGGUGAACCGUCUCCUCGCUGAGCUGCCCGUGUCUAUUAAUGCACUCACGGGUGUGGACCUGUCCAAGAUGCCUCUGUUGCAGAAGAUGACAGGUGCUCAAGCAUGAAGUCAAUCAAUGUCUCCUUCAUGAUGUGUUGUAUGCACUCACAGAAACUGCCUUUAGAAGAUUUUUUUUUUAAUUAAAAAACAAAACAAAACAAAAAACAAGUAGAUUUUUGAUACCUCUGGUGCCUUAAAGUUUCAUAGGACCAGAAUUUGUGCAUGCACUGCUGCUCCCACAUUCUGCAAUUUAUUUUUAAAUCACUUGCCGCUGGAGUCAUUGUUCAUCACAUACGUCAGAGACCAUUAGAACAACCAGUAUUGAUUUUUGUUUUGUUUUGUUAUAUAUUUUUGUAGUGUCAGCAUACAAAAACUCAACCCAUCACACUUUAUUCUUUACUAUUUUAUACACUUUAUUUUCAUCUCAACACUACACAGACACUUUAACACUCAAUGGUGAGUCAGCUUUAGAUUACGAUCAAAUCUUUUUAUCCAUCCAAAGUCAAGCAUUACUUCUUCAUUCAUGUUAAGUCAUGUUUCUAACUAAAAAGAGGCGACUUUACCUUACAGAUCCUGCCAUGAUUUGUAACAUUCAGGAAGACCGCCAUUGCUGUAGAGUAGCGAGUAGCAUUCAGUAUACUAAGCUCUUGGGCAAAAGCAUUGGCUUACGGGUAAAUAUCAGUGUCAUAUUAGGUAGAAUCAAGCCAAGUGCUCCUCUUCUUUUUAAAUGUUGCCGACACAUAAACAAACAUGGCCUUUAUAAACCGAUCCAUCUUCUGAAUUAUCGUGUAAGUCACCUGAGCUCAACAAUAGUUCAGAUCACUUUUCUUUUGCCUGUAGAUUUUUAAGAUCUUUGGAUUGUAUGUGUGCUUUGUUUUGUUUAUAUUAUUGAAGAAAAUUCGUUUUUAAAAGAAAUUUAGUUUUGGAGAGAUUUAGCAAACUCGUGUCUGGAUAUCCAACCAAUCUGAUGCUGUUAAUAUAGUUUCAUGACAACAGAGUUGAGCCAUUUUUAAGACAGUUUUGUAUAGUUGUAUGACAGCCAUGCCUAACAAAAUCUUUCUAAAUAUUAACACGAGUUAGAUACUGUAAUAUGUGUCAUGAGAUGAAUUUAAAAAUCACCCUUUAUGGACAAUAAUAUUCUGUUCUGUAGUGGUUUAUCUAGAUUGUGUAUUCUUUUGUCACUGUGAAAGUUGUAUUACCUCAUUUUCCUCAUUCGGUUCAGAGCGAGUGGCGGUUUGCAGUAGCGUUUGACAUGUUUGUACGUUUAUUCUGCUGGGUUCAGUAGUGCUGUGAAGGGGCAAAGUCACUUUUCCUUUUUUUAGUUGUCAUGCUAAUGAAAACACCAAAUGAUAAAGCCAAGCGAUCACACUCCUCUUUCCGAGAUUUUAUUCAUAGUUUUUUUUAUCUGCUUAAUGUCCAUUUUGUUUAAUAAAAUCUUUGUAAAACUGAUUUAUUGUUUAUUUUGUUUUAGUAUGAGUAAAAUGCCCCUGACACUUCUGUUUUCUCAUAGAAACAGAUUCAACAGUCAUUUUAUUUAUUAAUAUUAUUUUAUUAUUAUAUUUUUUAAAACACUCAUUUUUAUGUUUGAUUAAUUCAGAACUAUUAAAGCCAUGUCGUGGCAGGUUUAGAGCAUCAUAGACUGGUUAUGUGCAUUUGUAUGCAAUGUACUAUAUUGUGUAUUGGACAAACAUUAUAGGAAAUUGUAUGGCAGGAUAAAGCUCAGAUGCGCUUUUCCUGUAGUGGGACACAAGAUACACAAAUUAACCCCAAAUAUGCCAUUGAUAUGGGGAUUAUUUGGUAGUUUUAUACAUACUCUUUACACAGAAUUAACUGAGCAUGUUUAUGGUGCAUGUAUUUCCAAAUGUAAUAAAUGUCAUGUGACCCUGUUUCUCUCGAUGUUCUUUCAUUCCAUUAAAGUGCUCAU